CGUCGCCAAACACGUGCUGGUCGUUGACGUUUUCAAUUUCCGAAUUCUGUCAAGCUGUAUCAGUGGGUCGUUACAAAUGGGCUCGUGGUCCUACUAAAUCCAGAAUUUAACCGUUUGUAUUCAUUUUAUUUCAACUGAAAAUGUCGCGCAAGAGUGAAUUGUCAGCAGAAGAAGUCCAAGCCAUAAAUUCCCCAGUCAGAAGGUCGUCGCGUUUGAGCCAAACUAAAGAUGUAGCAGGUCCUGAAAAAGCACCAGCUGCUUCAGUGAAAACUAGGCGUUCUUCUGCAUCAGAGCAAGAACCUGUUCAGACUAAACCAAUAAGAGGAAGACGAGUGAGCCAGGAUGCGGUAGAAUCAAAGAUCCCAUCGAAAACUACAAGAAGGAGGACCUCUGUGUCGUCAGAAACCGUCAACGAGAAGCCACAAGAGUCCAAACCCGAAACAAAGAAACCAACUAGAAGGAAUUCACUUAGUGAUAACACCGAAAUCAAGGUUACCCCUAGGCUAACAAGAAGGCGAUCAGCAUCAGUAGAUGAUGGGGUAGUGAAUGAAAAUGCGCCCGUAACUAGGAGCCGAAGACAGUCUCUAGAACCUUUAGACGUGGAUGUGGAAGCUAAAAGAGUCACGCGAAGCCGAAGAUCAUCAGUGGAAACCCCAGAAGAAGCGGAAAUUGUGCGCACCCCAGUGAAAAGUACAGCAACUAAAGGAAAGCGAAGAGCCUCAGUUGCUUUGGAUCCUAUUGAAGAACAAACAGAAAGCAGGAAAAGCGCCUCUCCAUCACAAGAUAUAAAAGAGCUCAGUAUUAUUCAUGAAACGAGUCCCAAAGAAGAGGCAAACAAGUCUAGCACAAGCUCUCCUGAGAAAAUACAAACCCGCUCUAGUAAAUCGCCUGUAGUAAACGAUACAGAGAAACGCAAAACCAUCUCUCCUAGAAAAAGUACGAGAAGAUCCUCUAGUAAGUCACCUGUGGUCAAAGAGGACGGAACUGGCAGUCCAAAGACUAGAAGGUCGCUGUUCGUCAGCCUUGAAAAUGGUGUUCAUACAAAGUCAGAAGAACAACAAGAUAGUGAGGUUGAACCUCAAAGCAAGAUACCUGAACCAAAAGAAGGUCCUGCAGAAAUGUAUACAUCUCCAUCAAAACGCCAAAAACUUGAGGAAAAUGAAGGAAAGAAAGAUACUGUUGAAACAGUUGAAAAACAAAAUGGAGAAGUUGUAUCUACAAAUCAUGAUAUUGACAAGAAUAUUGAGAACGAACAAAAGCACCAAGAAACUGUCGAAGAAUCGCAAGUUGCUGGUAAAACAGAUACUGUUGAAAACGCAUCAAACAGUCAAACAGAAAAUACAAAAGCAAAAUCAGCAGAAAAUCAUAUUGGAAAUUCAGAUGUGGAGGAAGAGAAGGAAAACGUGCUGGCAAAGAGCAAUCAAGAAGUUGUUCCUGAUAAAGCAUCUGUUGCGGACAAGAUACUGAAAUUGAAGGAUGAAUCGGUCGAGGUACCGUUGCAAGAGGUUCAAGUCAGGCAUUCUCGGAUUUCACUGGGUGGUUCACAAAGAGUGUCUAAUGUUUUUAGGCCAAAGGAUGUUGACUUCAGCUUUGCAGAACCUAUGGAAGUGGAUGAGUUGUCUAUGCUAAACAAUACUAAAAGAACAAAUAUGGAUGUGAGUAGGGUUCGAGAUUCCUGUGUCGAUGUUGAUGAGUCAGUAGAUGACAGCUUCAAGCUAACGUUAAACGAGACUGUUGAUGAUUCCAUUGCUAACGAUGAAAGCGUUUUGGCUGGAUCCAAAACCAACUCGCCAAAGAUUCGGCUUAGUGAAGAGCAGCGGAAAUUGUUGAGCGAAACGGAUAAAAAUUCCAGUGAAGAUGUUGGAGAAUGCCAUAAAACUUGCGAAUCGGAUGAUUAUGAAUUUGAAGUUCCUUCAGAUGAUGAAACAGAAUCCAAUAAAGUAAAUGAUGAAAAUGCAAUACACCAGGAGAAAACGGAUGAUAAACAGAAAUCAGAAGAUAGUAAAGUAGAUGAUGUUGAGGUCGGAAAUAAGGAAAACUCAAAAACGGAUGCUUUAGUAGACCAAAGUCAAACUAAAAUAGAUGUAGAUCAUUCAGUGAGAGAAGUGGAUGAACAUGAUGCAGGAGUUUUGAAAAAGGACAAAGAAGAUGAGAUAGAUUAUGAGCAGCCAACAGUAGUUAUAGAAGGUUUGUGUGAUGAGGUACAAUCUCAGGACUCUGAGUUGGACCAGACUGUGAAAGUGUCACGAGAAGAAUUGAACGAUGACAUUAAUGUUAAAAAGGUCGAAGUAAUGGAGGCAGAUGACGCUGAAGUUGAUGAGAAGCGAACUGUACUAGAUAUGCCUCAAGGAAAAACAGAUGAAAACGAUGAAGUUAUGAAUGAUGACAGUUCGGAAGAAGCUAAGGUAAAUAAUGCACCUGAAAAGAAGACUGAUACUAGUCUUACUUUAGGAAAAGAUACAGUUGAAGACGUAAAAUCAAAGAGUCCUACUUCCGCUGGUCACGAUGAAAUUGCCGAGGUUCCUGCUGGUAUUGAUGCGAAAGAAGCAUUAAAUGUUUCCGUCAAGUCAACUCAAGGGUCUCCAGUUACUGCUGUUAAAAGAAAGUCGCUCACUAUAUCGCCGAAAACUGAUACUAGUCUUACUUUAGGAAAAGAUACAGUCGAAGACGUAAAGUCAAAGAGUCCUACUUCCGCUGGUCACGAUGAAAUUGCCGAGGUUCCUGCUGGUAUUGAUGCGAAAGAAGCAUUAAGUGUUUCCGUCAAAUCAACUCAAGGGUCUCCAGUUGCUGCUGUUAAAAGAAAGUCGCGCACUAUAUCGCCGAAAACUGAUACUAGUCUUACUUUAGGAAAAGAUACAGUUGAAGACGUAAAGUCAAAGAGUCCUACUUCCGCUGGUCACGAUGAAAUUGCCGAGGUUCCUGCUGGUAUUGAUGCGAAAGAAGCAUUAAAUGUUUCCGUCAAAUCAACUCAAGGUUCUCCAGUUACUGCUGUUAAAAGAAAGUCGCGCUCUAUAUCGCCGAAAAUUGCUGAUGAGAAUUCUACAAGUGUUAACUUGGGAGAGACAUUGGACAUUUCCGGCAGAUCAGCUGAAGAAGCUCCAGCAACUGUUGCUGAAAGAAUGUCAGAAAUUAAAUCGUCAAACGCUGUAGAUGGUGAAGAUUCCAAGAAUCUUACUGUCUCUAAAAGAAAGUCGGAUAUUAAUUCACCUCAAAUUGCUGACGGCAAAGUUUCUGCGAAUAUCGAUGUGCCAGAAGCAUCAAACAUUUCCGGUAUGUCAGCUAAAGAAUCACCAGUCAUUGUUGCUGAAAAAAGAUCAGAAAUUAUAUCACCAAAAAUUGCCGAUAGUGAAAAUGCAAAUGUUGAUGAAUCAGAACCUUCACCAGUGAAAAGCAAACUUGAAACUGAUUUACCGGAAAUUGAUAAUAGUCCCACAGCAACUAAGCUGUCUACUUCUGACUCUGAAGCAAUUGAAAUAGAUGAUAAUAGUACCACUGAAGCUGGAAGUACACCUGAUCAACACAAAAGUAAACAAACAAGAAAACUGCUCAAAACUGUUGAUAGAAACAGCACGAGAUGGGUGAACCAGGACGAUCCUGUUACAGUCGUGGAUAAAUCCGAAUCCAGUCCUACCAUUUCUAGCAAAAUCAAUAAAUACAUAGAUUCUAAGAUAGCUGAUAUUCUCCUAUCAAAUUCCAGCACAAAGGAUGAUUCUAUCUCUGAAGAACCUAGUGAGUCAAUGAAUGAAAGUGUAUUCGAAUCAGGUGAAACAGAUAGUGAUGCCACCAAACGGAAGAAGAAUCCGAAUAAAUCUACAAAACGAGAUACUGAGGAUGAUCAUGGUAAUGAGGAUGAAUCUUGCGGAGAAGAGGAAUCAGACGAAGAGAACGAUUAUAUUGAUUCAAUGGCUGAAGAAGGUGAAGAAGACACUCCUUCAGAAGAUAGCAAUGCUAUUAUAGAUGAGGGAGAGUCGGUUGGUUCAACAGAUUCCGAAAAAGACGGAACUGAUGAGUACGAUUCAAACGAUUCGUUCAUCUGUGAUGAUGAUGAGGAAGAAAAACUUCUACCAGGUCACGAAUUUGAUCUAGAAAUAGAUUGCAGCACGAGGAAAAAACGAAAAUCACGUAUAAUAAACGUAGAUAAUGAAGAUACCGACGUUAUAAUCAUGUCUGAAAAAGGAAAAUCUGUGAAACCUAGGAAAGCUAGUAGCCAAGAAACUUCAAACGAAUCGUCGAGUAGUGAAAGUAAGUCAGAUACUGAAGACGCUAUAGUACCUCAAGAUAAAAGCGCUGAAAAGGCUGAACCUGCAACUCAGGCAAAGUCUGAAACACCUUUUAGGAGGUCCUCAAUAACCAUUUUGGAAAACGUGAAUGUGAAAGAUAUCAAAGACCCUGGCAUGAGCGAAAGAAUACAUUCCCUGAUGGAAUCUUUCACUACAAAUCUCAAAGAGGGAGAUAUUUCAAUGAAUUUGUCUUUAGAAUACAUAAAUGAUGGUAUUUCUGAAAGCAAGUUAAAAAAGAGAAAGAGUGAAAGCUCUGAAGAAGGCGAAAGUGACACCAAAAAGGCUAAGGUUGAGCUAGAUGAAGGUAAUGUUGUUGCAGUAUCAUCGAAGAAAAGUAAGAAAAAGAAACACAAAACAAGUGUAACCGAUGAUUUAAAGACAAAAACCUUUUCUUUAAUGAGCCAAUUAAUUACCGACGUUAAGAAUAGACCAAAACGAUUAGUCAAACCAAGCACAACCAUGGAAAGCUCAUGGACCGUAGAAAACGCCAAAGCCAAACCUUCAGUGAGUAUGAUUACCAAAAAAGAUAUAGAAGAAUUUAAGGCAAAGAAAGCACAUCCUAAAGAUCUUAGGCAGAAGCUUCUAUACGACUCAGGCAGGGUGAAACGUGUUGAUGCCAAAACUCUAUUGAAAAGGUUAGACGGCAGAUAAAAUGUAUUCCAUUUAUAUUUAUUGUUUUUACUUUAAAUUCGUCAUUGAUAUGUGUUAAGUUUUUCAGUGUAAUAAGCAUUACAAAUAAACACUGUUCAUUUUAUUACAACUGUGUCUUAGAAAAAAUAAACUAUUUUCUCAAA